ACAAAAAAUAAAAUGACUUCUAAAAGAAGCUUACAAGGCAUUAAGCCUUGCCACGUUUUAGGUGUGAGCAAAGGCGUAAGAAACAACCUGCUGUUUCAGGAUGAGGAAACUCUGAUUUUUCCAGGUGGAAACCAUUGUGUCAGUUACAACAUCCCUCAGCAACACCAAGAGUUUCUUUACAGUGCAGCGAAAAGCAAGAGCUUGCGGGCCCUGGCUUUUAGCCCUGAUCGGCGCUACCUGGCCGUGUCGGAGUGUGGUAAAUGGGCCUCCAUUACCAUCCUUGACCUGAAGGACAAGAAACACUCCAAGAAAAAAGUUCUGAAGGGCAGCGACUAUGGCGUGCAGGAGUUUGUCUGCAUGGCAUUUUCGGCUGACUCGGAGUACCUGCUAGGCCAGGCUGGGGGACCCUCAUGGACCCUCUACUGCUGGCAGUGGAAGAAAAAGGAGCUCAUCGCGUCUGUGCAGAUCAAGACACCAGGCGAUAUCAUUCAGGUCAGCUUUAACCCCCAGGAUAUGAAACAGGUUUGCGUCACCGGAAAGGGAGUUUUCAGGAUCUAUGAAUUCAGGAGGGGCGCCCUGAAAAUGGCGGACUCAUAUAAGGUGGAGAAGAUGAACAUCCUGUGCCACACGUGGAUGUCUAGCGACUCCAUUAUUGCAGGAACUGAGGCAGGGCAACUGCUAAUUUUGAAAUCCAAACGCCUGCAAAGGAUGGGGAAAGCAUGUGAGAGACAAACGGAUUCAUCUUCAUCUCCGACAGCUAUACCACAGACAGCUAUCACUGCCAUCUUGCCCUACUCUGACGGCUUCAUCUGUUCAGAUGGGCUGGGAGUAGUUAGCCUGUAUGAGAAGAUCCCGGAUAAAGACAACUACAGGAAGACAGUGACAUUAAGAAUUCCUGUGGACCCAUGCAGCAACAAGCCACUUCAGGCGAUUACCUCGAUGUGCAUUAGUCCAUCAGAGGAGGCGCUGGCCAUUAGCACAGACCAAGGCCAGCUCUACCACAUCAGCCUCAAUUCAGAGGAGCUUAUUAAGAAUAAGAAGACCCAGUUCAUGCACCUGUCUCAGUCUUUUCACUCGGGGAGCAUCACAGGUCUGUCCGUAUGUGCGACGAAACCCCUCAUGGCCACCUGCUCCAAUGACCGCACCAUACACAUCUGGAACUACCAUAAAAAGUCUCUGGUGCAGUUCAAGCAGUUUGAGGAAGAGCCGCUCAGCGUCUCGAUUCACCCGAACGGCCUUUUCGUCCUGGUGGGCUUCUCCACAGAAGUCCACCUCAUGAAAAUUUAUUAUGACGACCUGCACACUGCCCAGACGUUCCCCAUAAGCAACUGCACCGAGUGUGUGUUCAACCACAAUGGUAACAAGUUCGCCGCCAUCAUUGGAAAAAUGAUCCACGUUUAUGACAUCAGAACACAGAAAAAACUGGACCUGAGCGGUCAUCAUCAGCAAGUGCAGUCUUUGAAGUGGAGCGACGAUGACCGUCGCUUGGUGUCAUGUGGGAUGGACGGCACUGUAUUUGUGUGGGACGUUCUGACCGGCAAUGCGGUGAUUAGGAACGAGACAGCGUCUUGCUUCGCAGAUGUGGCAUUCUCGCCUAACACCGGGAGCGUCCUCGCCGUAGGCCGCAGCCAUCUUCAGGAGAUCAGUGAUGAAGGGGUCCUAUAUGAAAUGGCCUCAGAUGGUGGGGAAUACACGGCUGUCUCCAUGACUCGUUCGGGCAGAACAGUCUUCAUUGGCACCUCAGCUGGUACUGUCAGGGUCAUCGAUUACCCUUUUGAUAAAGAGAAGACCUGGAAAGAAUAUCAGGCCCAUUCUGGUCCCAUCACCAAAAUGGUCGUCACACCUGGUGAUCAGUACCUGCUGACUGCCUCUAAGGACGGCUGCCUUUUCGUCUGGUCGAUUAUUGACCAGAAUGGACAGACCAUUGAGAAGGUCAAAGAAUUAGACUACACUGGCGUGGUCUUAUGUGAAAAGGAAUUCCUGGAUAAACAGGUAAAUAUGACCAAUGAUACAGAUGAGAUGAUAAAUAAGCUCAUGUUACAUCUUGAGCGGCUGGAGGUGGAGCAGGAGAUCGCAAUGACCAUGAUGGAAAUAGACUUCAGUGAGAAAAUGCACACAGUUUUGCUGCCUUUCCAGGAGAAGAUCACAUCUCUGAAAGAGAAAAUCCAGAAACUGGGUGCUGUGAAGGACGCUGAAAAGAUCUCUUACAUGAAGGAGCUGACCAAGCUGAAGGAGAAUUUUGUCAAGGAGAUGAACGACCAAAAAUUCUUUCUCGAUGAGGGGCCCCGUGUGGAAUUUGAGAGGUCCAAAGAGUUCAAGCAGAAAAUGAAACUGAUGAAGGAGAGUUUUGAGUACAAGCUGCAGAAAGCUGAGGAGAACCACCGCUGUAUCCUGGAGGAGGACACACAGGCCUAUGAAGUCAAGGUGCAGGAGCUAGAGGCAGAGUUGGAGCAGAAGAUUAAGACCUUUAAGGAGGAACAGCAAAGGUUUCUGGAAGACGCUUUAUAUGAGGCCAUGGAGCUCAGUAAAGACUAUAUAGAAGAUAUCCAGAAGGAGAGGGAGCUUAGGCAGAUGAUGGAGCAAGAAAUACAACUCAUGGGGGAAAAAGAAGCAUACUGGGCCACUAAAAGCUUGGAAAAAGAUCAGCGCACCCAGAUCUCUCAUAUGAAGGAGGAAAUAAUGAACAUGAAGGACCAACUCUUUGAAGCAGGUCAUAAUUUCAGGUGUCUGACAAAGGAGAAGGAGAGGCAAAGCCAGAUCUUCUCUGAAAAGGUGAGCUCCGCUGAAGAGCUCAAGAAAAUAAUUAGAGACCUGGAGCUGCGCAUAGAAGAGAUCCAGGCAGAAUUGAUCAGGGUGGAACUGGAGGGUGAAGUAGCUGAUGGUGAGAUGCAGGGCAGCAGUCAAAUGAUUGAAAUCAACCAACUUAAGAAUAAAUUAGAGGAGGAUAAAGACAUGUUCUCGAAGAUUGCUGCUGAAAUGGCAGCGGACGACAAGAAGUACAAGAAGAUCCUUUCUGACCUGAAGCGGAAGGUCAAAGCUAAGGCCAAACACGUAGAGAUCCAGAGGCAGAGGCUCAAGAGUAACAAUAUCCUGCUGGAAAGGUGGAGGGGUGAUGUCCGCAACUGCUUACCAUUCAUCCAAGAAGACCCAAAGACGCUGAAGGAGAAGUUCGUUGAGCUUCACAGGCGCUAUUGCCAUGAAGCAGAUGUUCACUACAAUAUCAACUGCAAGAUCAGCCCAGCAGACGAGGCCUUAAGAGAUCACCACAGACAGAUGGACUUCAUCAAAAGGACCCAGAAAACUCAGAAGGAAACGCACACUAGAAAGAUGCAGGCUGAGAAAAAUAGGAUCAACAGGACAGAGACAGAGUAUGACUUUCUGUCUGAGCGGCUUGAUGAUGAGAGGAUGAAGUACAGGCGUUUAAUGAAUGCCUGCAGAGAGAAGAAUAUUCAGUGUGAUUUCACACCCAAGCCACAGUACAGGCCUGUGAUCCAGCCUCAGCCCCCAGCACACCCGAGGGUUCUCCUAGAGAAGAGACGAGGACAAACCUUUGCCCUAGAGAAGAGACAAGGACAAACCUUUGCCCAGAAGAUAAAAGGACAAACCUUUGCCCUAGAGAAGAGACAAGGACAAACCUUUGCCCAGAAGAUAAAAGGACAAACCUUUGCCCUGGAGAAGAUACAAGGACAGCAGAUGUUUGUAGCGCAGAAGCCGACAAGCAGCGUCAAAUUACCACCCAUUCACCCAAGAAAAAGAAACAGAUGAUCGUCUAGGAGGUGUCUAAUGCUUGGAUGUCAUCUAGUACAGGGGCGUGUACAAGCUGAAGUCUGAAAAUAAAUAAAAAUAAAUAAAUAAUAAAUUCAAGAAGCUUUGUCAUUUCAACCACAUAUAGCUGAUGCAGUACAUAGUGAAAUGAAACAACGUUUCUCCAGGACCUGGUGCUACAUAAACAUACAACAACAAGUUCAGCACAAAACAACACCACAGAGCUAGGACAGAAGAUUGUCUUAGCCACGUAAAGUGCACAGUGUGCAGCUAGGUGCAAACAGAGCAUAGA